UGCAUCACUUAGUUAAACGGUCGUACUGAAAUCCGGUUUUAUCAAUUUUAAUUUCUCAUUCUUUGCCCAAUGCAUUUUAGAAUUAUUGCUUUGCGUCAGAGCUUUGUAAAUUCAUACAAUACCCCCCUUAAACCUAAAAAGGCCUUGUACAAUCGCUGCAUCCAUUGCUAAAUCAACAGCGAGGAUGCAUCCGAUUCUCAGAGACUGCCGGGGCUGGGAUGCGGAGAGUAAGAAAAACUAUGAAGAACUGUUUAAAAAACUCGACACCAAUAAAGACGGGAAAGUUAACGUGGCGGAGCUUCGAGCAGGUCUCAUAGCCAUGGGUAUAUCCCUCCGUACCGGAGAAGCCCAGAGAAUAGUGGCUACUGGAGACAAAAACAGAGACGGCGCCCUGGACUUGAUCGAGUUCGCUCGGUACCUUAAAGAGCACGAAAAGAAACUGUGGCUCACCUUUAAAAGCCUGGACAAGAACGAGGACGGCCGCCUAGAUGCCUCGGAGAUUAAACAGUCCCUGGCUGAACUGGGAAUGGACAUAUCAACAGACGCAGCACAGAAGAUUCUGCAGAGCAUUGACAAUGAUGGCAUCAUGACUGUUGACUGGAACGAGUGGAGGGAUCACUUCCUGUUUAACCCUGCUACUGAUCUGGAAGAAAUCAUCCGAUACUGGAAGCACUCCUCGCAGCUGGACAUUGGUGACAAUCUUGCCAUUCCUGAUGAGUUCACGGUUGAGGAGAAGACCUCUGGGGGUUGGUGGAAACAGCUGGUUGCCGGGGCGACAGCAGGGGCAGUUUCUCGAACAGGCACCGCCCCUCUGGACAGAAUAAAAGUUUUUAUGCAGGUACAUUCUUCGAGGUCAAACCCAAUCAGUCUAGUCGGAGGCUUCAAACAGAUGCUGAAGGAAGGAGGAGUGAUGUCUCUGUGGAGGGGCAACGGACUCAACGUGCUCAAAAUUGCCCCGGAGACCGCUAUCAAAUUCAUGGCUUAUGAACAGUAUAAGAAGCGUUUUUCGUCAGAGGGGGAUAAAGUAGAGACAGCACAGAGAUUCAUGGCUGGCUCUUUAGCCGGAGCCACUGCACAAACCGCCAUCUACCCCAUGGAGGUUUUGAAGACCAGGUUGACUCUGAGAAGCACUGGCCAGUAUUCAGGAAUGGGGGACUGUGCCCGUUCAAUUUUGAAAAGGGAAGGCAUGAGAGCUUUCUAUAAAGGCUAUGUACCCAACAUGCUAGGCAUCAUCCCUUACGCCGGCAUCGAUCUCGCCGUCUAUGAGAGUCUGAAGAAUGCCUGGCUGUCCCAGUACGCCCGUGACACGGCCAACCCUGGCGUCCUGGUCCUGCUGUGCUGCGGGACUGUCUCCAGCACAUGCGGGCAGCUGGCCAGCUAUCCCCUGGCCUUGGUGCGCACGCGCAUGCAGGCGCAAGCAGCCCUGCACGCCUCGGAGCAUGUGUCCGUGCGCUCGGUGCUCCGAAGCAUCGUGGCGAAGGAGGGUUUCCUGGGCCUGUACCGGGGCAUCCUCCCGAACUCCAUGAAGGUCAUCCCAGCAGUGAGCAUCAGCUACGUCGUGUACGAGCACACGAAGGUGUGGCUGGGCAUCUAGAAGUGAUCGACGCUCCGAACACACACGAAGGGAAUACGGGAAGCCCGUCAAAGUAGACAGCAGAGAUCAUCACUGUUCCAAGAGGACUCAUCAAUACAGGCCACAGUAGAUGUACUGUCAUCAUUUUCAAAGAAAUAUUGCUAUUUAGCAUGCUGUUUCAGACCUGUUCGCUGUUGUAAGGCUUAGUGUGUCCAAAGCAACCAAUGAAUUAGAGUGCUGAAUUCAGCUUUUAAAACGCAUGCAGGUGCAUCUGGGCUGACAUCGAAGAUGAAGGAAACAGGCAGCUGUGUUCAGCCAUGGGGCAAACUUUAGCAGAUUUACACUCAAAGGUUUGUCAGAUAUUUUUACUGUGACCAGUGUUUUGCAUAUUUAAAUUUUUUGCCAUAGAAAUAGCAAUAGCAUAUGCUGAAACCUGCUGGAUUAUGCCUUAGGGCCUUAAGUUUUGUGAACUUGAUAUAUUUAGUUUUUAUAUAUUUUUUGAAAUUAUUUAUUUAUAAUACACUGCCCCAGAUCCCCAGAACGGUGGAGGUAACCAGGCAGAAAAUGAGAAUGAGAUUCACUUCCAGAUAUCAGCACCGCACUACUGCCCCCUUGAGCACAGUGCUGGAAUGGCUAGUAGAGCUAAAAUGCCAGGGCCAGUGGAUGAAGGCUACCGGUUAGUCUGUGUGCUCCAAGGAGACAAUCUAUGUAAUGGGCAACUGUAGGCAAAAAACCAACUCAGUGGUUAAAACGUUUUAUCUUGUAAUAAAGUAAUCUUGUCCUAAUGUUCAAGAUUUCUGAAAAAGACAAACAUCCAAACAUCCACAUUCAUAUGGACUCAAGAAAUGAAAGUGUGAAAGUAACAUGAGCGCAGGAAUGUCGUUCUGUUCCAUACUGUUAUAGAAUGUCCUAAGACCGCUGGUGACAGUGUGUUUGCUUCGUACUAUAUGUAGAAGCUACAAGUUCUUAAGUAAACGUGCACCUCAAAAAGCUCGCUAGCUAAAACUCAUCCAAGGGUCCUAGUUGGCAUGGUUUAACUAAUUGGCUUUGGGUACUAUGAGAAUGUCAUUAAACAUUCUGUCAUGGAAUGUCAUGGAAACAGAGCUGCCUUGUUUCUUAGAACACAGAGCAAGGUUGUUUUUGUCUGCAUUCUUUGUCAUGGUGUCGGGGAAUGUGAGUGUGUGUGUUACAUGUGCCACCAAUCCGAUACCAUGUAUCAGAGUCGGCUCGAUAUGAAACUAUGCACAGUUCAUGCACAGAGUUUAACUGUAAGGUUUUCUUCAUGUUAACAAUCAAAUCUAUUAUAUUCCAAUGCAGAUAUUCAUGCACUAGGUCACGUGUGAUGAUUCACAUUGCUGUCAUGUAGUUUUGAUAACCAAGUGUUGGGGAACAAGUUAUCUGCCUUCUUGCGAGAACAUUUAAAUGAGACAAAAUAGCAUCUUAGCUCUGUAUACCACCACAGGUCCGCAACCAACACUGAUUUAUUUAUUAAUCCUUUUUUUAUGUUUCCAGUUUCCAGACUCUUAAGAAAGUUCAGGGUUAGGGAACUGAGAACAAGCACCAGAAAAGUAAUAGAAACAGAGCGGACAAAAAUGACCAAACAAGUAAAGCAUUCUCCUCUAAAUUAAUCUAAGUUAAUUACUCUGUGGCUUUAGUAUUCAAAUCGCAUUAAAAAAAAAAAAAGCAGAAAACUGCCAGGUUCACCGUUAGCCUGCUGAGGUUUAAGGUGGACUGGAAAAAUGAAUAAGAAGGUGGAUAAUAAACUAAUUUAAGAUAGGUCUGCACUAUAUGGGCAGCUGUAUUGGGGCACCUACACACAACACCUACAGAAGCUUUUAUCACGUCCCAUUCUAAGUCCUUAGGCAUUCAUACAGAGUUGGUCCUUUUGGAGUUAUAAGAGAGUCCACUCUUCUGGGAAGGCUUUCUACAAGAUUUUGGAGUGUCUUUUUGAAUGUUUUGCCCAAUCAUCCAGAAGAGUAUUUGUGGGGACACUGAUGUUGGAUGAGGGGGCCUGGCUCACAAUCUCUGUUCUAGUUCAUCCCAGAGGUGUUCAAUGGAGUUGGCUCUGUCAGGGAUCUGUGUGGGCCAAGCACAGUUCUUCUUCACACCAAACAUAUCUUUAUGGACCUUGCUUUGUGCACUGCGGCUCAGUCAGGCUGGAACAGAAAAGAGCCUUCCCCACAGUGUUCCCACAAAGUUGGAAGCAUACAAUUGUUCAAAAUGUCUUUGGAAUGCUGAAGCAUUACAGUUUCCCUUCACCGACUAGACUCAUCCACCAGACUGCCAGAUAGAGAAGUUUGGUUCAUCACUCCACAGAACACAUUUCCACUGCUCCAGAGGCCAGUGGUGGCAUGCUUUAUACCACUGGAUUUGAUGAUUGGCAUUGUGCUUGGUUAUGUAAGGCUUGCAUGCAGCUGCUAGGCCAUGGAAACUUAUGCCAUGAUGCUCCCAGUGCAGUUUUUGUGCUGAUGUUAAUGACAGUGUAGGUUUGGAACUCAGUUCAGAGCCAGCAGAGUGUUGGUGAAAUUUACUCACUUCCUGGCUAAGUUGCUGUGGUUCCUAAACUUUUCCACUUUUCAGUAAUACCACUGACAGUUGAUCAUGGAAUAUCUAGGAGGGAUGAAAUUUCACAGACUGACUUGUUGAAAUGGUGGCAUCCUAUUACAGUACCCAACUCUUUAGAAAAACCCAUUACUUCACAGUUUGUAAAGGCAGACUGCAUGUCUUGUUGUGUGAUUUUAAGUUGAUGUGGAAUUAUAGUUUUAUCUGUAAUGAGGAAAAAAAUGCAGAUGAACUAUAGUGGACAUUUUAGGAGUUAGUGAGUGAGGCAAACGUUCGGAGCAGAGGAUGACCAAGGCAAUAAAUAUUACCUCACUAAGAGAGAUGCUGUGUGGCAUUAGGAAAAAAAAUGCUUUAGUCUUGUAAACAGUUUUUCUGUUUUUUAUAGUCUUGUUUAUAUUUAUCUGUUAUAUCUAGUCUGUAGAAAUAUGACCUAUGUAAUACACCUGCACAUAAAAUAUUCCCCAGCAAUCUAAGAUUCACCUAAACAACUGAACCACAGCUCCACAGUUUUUUUAUUAAAUAUAAUCAGAUCAGUGUCCAUGUCAGGCAACAUUCUAAUGCAAGAUAUCUAUAUCGGAUCAGUAUUGAUCCGAUAUCAAUACCUGUAUUGUGCCUGUUUCUUGCUUGUGUUUUUAUUUAUAAUCUACUGCACUGGAUAGAAGUAGAUGACAAAGCACUUUUGUAAAUUGCU